AUGUUACCAUGCAUUAACUGGCUGCAGCCUCUCCUUGCCUUGAUCUCCUCCACCUUGCUUACGCGAGGCCACAACUGUCCAUCCAGCUGUUUGUGUCCAGACCAUCACACUGUGGAUUGCACUGGUCAAGGUCUAACCAGAGUCCCAGACUCCAUCCCUCUGGAUGUUCGUCGUCUUCUGCUCUCCAACAACUGGAUUCCCUGGAUUCCUGCUGACUUCCUGGUCCUCUACAGUGACCUGGUCUACCUAGACCUGAGGAAUAACUCUCUCUAUCAGCUGGACCCAGGAACCCUGACCACCUCCUCUAGAUUAGUCUUCUUGGACCUGGGGAGCAACAACCUGACAGAAAUCCCCUCUGGGACAUUUGGGGAAUCCAGGAGUUUGAUCAAACUGCGACUGGGGAACAACCCCUACCUCAACAUGGUAGGUAGAGAUGCUUUCACAGGGUUGACUUCUUUGAGAGAGCUGGAGCUGGAGAGAAAUGGUCUCACAGAACUGGAUGUCAACAUCCUGGAAUCCCUGCCUUCUCUGCGAAUGCUGCGUUUGGAGGGGAACCCAUGGUUCUGCAACUGUCACUUUGCCAAACUGUUCAUAUGGCUGAUGGAGAACCGCCACAAGCUCCCAAGGGGUAUGGAAGGAAUAGAAUGCUCCCUGCCUCUGGAUGGGCGUCGUGUCCCCCUCAGUUUACUCACUGAAGACAGUUUUCGAGAGUGCCGUGGUAUCCUCACCAUAACUGACUACCUCAUUGUUAUAUUCUCCGGCAUCUCUGUCUCAGUGGUGGCCAUCAUGGCCAGCUUCUUCCUGGCUUCCACAGUCCACUGCUUCCAGCGCCUCAGCAAGGGCAGCAAAGGAGAUGAAGAGGAGGGAAUAGACUGA